CCUCCAUUGUGGUUUAUAGCCCUCAGCCCUCAGUCCAGGAAAGACAGCACACAGAGCAGCAGCAAUAUGAAGGAACUUCUGCUUUUAGGGGUUGCUUUGUCAGUACUUCACAUCGGCAACUCACAAAAAAAAGAAUUCUGCAGCCUGCCCAUGGAUCCAGGUCAAGGCACAAACUUCUCGUUUGCUGUGUAUUAUGACCAUAAACAAGACAAGUGCAUGCCUUUCUUUUACCAAGGCCAGGGAGGAAAUGCCAACCGUUUUAGAAAUGAGAGAGAGUGCCUAAGAAACUGCUCGAUCAAUUCAGAGAAAACCUACCCCAUGGAUGCAACCGCAGCAUGUCAUUUAACAAAGCAGAUCGGAGGAUGUAGUGGGAACUACUUGAGAUACUACUAUGACUCCGCUACAGACAGAUGUAAAAAAUUCAUUUGGUCCGGCUGCUUCGGAAAUGGAAACAGAUUCUUUGACUCCAAAAGCUGCGAGGACACCUGUCUUGGCAUCCACGAUGAUAGUGAGGAACUUGAGCCGGACACUCCCAUUGCAGAAUUCUGCAGACUGCCCAUGGAUCCAGGUCAAGGCACAGACUUCUCUUUUGCUGUGUAUUACGACCAUGAACAAGACAAGUGCAUACCUUUCUUUUACCAAGGCCAGGGAGGAAAUGCCAACCGUUUUAGCAAUGAGAGAGAGUGCCUAAGAAACUGCUCGAUCAAUUCAGAAAAAACCUACCCCAUGAAUGCAACCGCAGCAUGUCAUUUAACAAAGCAGAUCGGAGGAUGUAGUGGGAACUACUUGAGAUACUACUAUGACUCCGCUAGAGACAAAUGUAAAAAAUUCAUUUGGUCCGGCUGCUUCGGAAAUGGAAACAGAUUCUUUGACUCCAAAAGCUGCGAGGACACCUGUCUUGGCAUCCACGAUGAUAGUGAGGAACUUGAGCCGGACACUCCCAUUGCAGAAUUCUGCAGACUGCCCAUGGAUCCAGGUCAAGGCACAGACUUCUCGUUUGCUGUGUAUUACGACCAUAAACAAGACAAGUGCAUACCUUUCUCUUACCAAGGCCAGGGAGGAAAUGCCAACCGUUUUAGCAAUGAGAGAGAGUGCCUAAGAAACUGCUCGAUCAAUUCAGAGAAAACCUACCCCAUGAAUGCAACCGCAGCAUGUCAUUUAACAAAGCAGAUCGGAGGAUGUAGUGGGAACUACUUGAGAUACUACUAUGACUCCGCUACAGACAGAUGUAAAAAAUUCAUUUGGUCCGGCUGCUUCGGAAAUGGAAACAGAUUCUUUGACUCCAAAAGCUGCGAGGACACCUGUCUUGACAUCCACGAUGAUAGUGAGGAACUUGAGCCGGACACUCCCAUUGCAGAAUUCUGCAGACUGCCCAUGGAUCCUGGUCAAGGCAAAGACUUCUCGUUUGCUGUGUAUUACGACCAUCAGCAAGACAAGUGCAUACCUUUCUCUUACCAAGGCCAGGGAGGAAAUGCCAACCGUUUUAGCAAUGAGAGAGAGUGCCUAAGAAACUGCUCGAUCAAUUCAGAGAAAACCUACCCCAUGAAUGCAACCGCAGCAUGUCAUUUAACAAAGCAGAUCGGAGGAUGUAGUGGGAACUACUUGAGAUACUACUAUGACUCCGCUACAGACAGAUGUAAAAAAUUCAUUUGGUCCGGCUGCUUCGGAAAUGGAAACAGAUUCUUUGACUCCAAAAGCUGCGAGGACACCUGUCUUGGCAUCCACGAUGAUAGUGAGGAACUUGAGCCGGACACUCCCAUUGCAGAAUUCUGCAGACUGCCCAUGGAUCCAGGUCAAGGCAAAGACUUCUCGUUUGCUGUGUAUUACGACCAUGAACAAGACAAGUGCAAACCUUUCUUUUACCAAGGCCAGGGAGGAAAUGCCAACCGUUUUAAAAAUGAGAGAGAGUGCCUAAGAAACUGCUCGAUCAAUUCAGAGAAAACCUACCCCAUGAAUGCAACCGCAGCAUGUCAUUUAACAAAGCAGAUCGGAGGAUGUAGUGGGAACUACUUGAGAUACUACUAUGACUCCGCUACAGACAGAUGUAAAAAAUUCAUUUGGUCCGGCUGCUUCGGAAAUGGAAACAGAUUCUUUGACUCCAAAAGCUGCGAGGACACCUGUCUUGGCAUCCACGAUGAUAGUGAGGAACUUGAGCCGGACACUCCCAUUGCAGAAUUCUGCAGACUGCCCAUGGAUCCUGGUCAAGGCAAAGACUUCUCGUUUGCUGUGUAUUACGACCAUCAGCAAGACAAGUGCAUACCUUUCUCUUACCAAGGCCAGGGAGGAAAUGCCAACCGUUUUAGCAAUGAGAGAGAGUGCCUAAGAAACUGCUCAAUCAAUUCAGAGAAAACCUACCCCAUGAAUGCAACUGCAGCAUGUCAUUUAACAAAGCAGAUCGGAGGAUGUAGUGGGAACUACUUGAGAUACUACUAUGACUCCGCUACAGACAGAUGUAAAAAAUUCAUUUGGUCCGGCUGCUUCGGAAAUGGAAACAGAUUCUUUGACUCCAAAAGCUGCGAGGACACCUGUCUUGGCAUCCAUGAUGAUAGUGAGGAACUUGAGCCGGACACUCCCAUUGAAGAAGACCCUGCCUGGUUGGAGGCCAGAGGUAAAUACUGAGGCGGAUGAAGAAGACAACUACAUAGGGUCUACAUUAACUGAUUUACAUGAUGUUUAUACAGAUUUUUCCGCUGUGCUUAGGGCCAGUGUUUAUUCUCUCUCUCUCUUUACUUAAUCACGCACAUAUAGAAUAAGUUGGGCUGGCUUGCAACACAACACUACACUACACUACCCAGGAGGCUACCGGAGAAAUGGCGUUCCCGUCCCUGGAGGGGGGGGGGGGGAUCCACGUGCUAGCCGAAUGGAGCCUCCUGAUUACUUAUAGGGUUUUUAUGGGGUAACAAGGGGGAGUAAUCGUUCUUGCAUAGGGACAGCCUGGGGGCUGUUGUCCCACUGAUCCAGGUCUGGUUGAUCUUCUUUGGUGAUGUGCCAUUUAGGCACAUCAUGAGGGGGUCUGUAAGGAUAUCCUUGGAUCGGUGGGGUGGACAGCUUGACCGGGAGCUACAUGGCACAUUUAGAUAGCACCGACACCAAGAUUGCCACUAAUCUAUCAGAUAACACCCUUGAGGUGACACAUUAUAUCUACAGAUGACACAGUGAGGAAGCGUACAGCCCUUGCAUGGGCGUGUACCUACAGUAGAUCCCUAUUUAAUGUUUGUAUAAUGAGUGAUCGGGGCUUCUUGCCGAUCAGGAGCCCAUCAGCGCUGAUGUGUCUGUAACCAUUUCUCUGACUGUGGUAGAUUAAAUAAUCUGAAAUAUA